UGUUGUUAAUUUGCGUGAAAUAGUGUGAAACACGUCGACAUUUUGCUGUGGUUUUUCUGGAUAUUUCCACACGCCGUUGCAUAAACAGAACAGCGGUAAGAAGAAGUCUGUUGGGACAAAAUGUUGGAGUGUGGCAUGCUGGAGCGGGACAGACAGACUCUUCGGAGACGCUCUGCUGUUCUCUGCAAACAACUGGUGGUAGAUGAGAUGCUCAUUCAGUCACUGCAGGCAGACGACAUCCUAACCGAGAGCAUGGCAGAGACCAUCAUGGCUGAGCAAACAUCUCAGAAACGAAGCUGGCGUUUGCUACUACUCUUACCAAAGCGAGGGCCCAGAGCCUUCAGCAGCUUCUGCGCAGCUCUGCAAGAAACUGAGCAGCAGCAUCUGUGUGACCUGCUCACACAGUCACCACAAAAAGAUGACAAAGAGACACAUGUAGAGAGGUCUCCUCUCCCACUUCCCACCCAGGAGGGUAUUGCAGCCAAGAGAGCACGGACACAUGAAUCCAUGGAGUUUAGUCUGGAUGCAGAUAGUCCCAUCAACACUCCCGUGCUCCCGUGCACUCCUGACUUUUACCUCUCUCACUGCCAGCAGUCUUACAGAAUGAAUUCAUCCCCUCGUGGCUUUGCCUUGGUGAUCAGUAAUGUGACCUUUGACACUUGUGCUGCUGCUGACCUUGACCCCAGGAAGGGAGGUGAAGUCGAUGAUGAAGUCCUCAGGAAGGUCUUCACAGAGCUCGACUACAUGGUUGCUGUCCACAGAGACCUCACUGCUCAGGGUAUGAGGUCGUGCAUUGAGAAUUUUUGCCGACGGCCAGACCACCGGACAGUGGACAGCUGUGUGGUGUGUCUUCUCUCCCAUGGAGUGGAAGGAGCUGUAUAUGGCACAGACGGAGAGCUCCUGCAGCUGGACUGGGUGUUUGAGGCCUUUGACAAUGCGCACUGUCCACUGCUACAAAAUAAACCGAAGAUGUUUUUCAUCCAGGCCUGCAGAGGAGAUGAAAUGGACUGUGGAGUGGAGCAGAUAGAUGGACCAGUGAGGACCUGCUCCCCGAGCUGUGAACAGCGAGAUGCUGGGAGGGAAGGACAAGGGGAUGCAGACUCCAGACAGAGAGGGGACUUGGGGAGGCCCAGGAUUAAACUGCCCCAGCGGUCUGACAUGAUCUGUGGCUUCGCAUCUCUCAAAGGUCAGAGAAUUUGCACAGCAGCCAUGCGAAACACCAAGAGAGGAUCCUGGUUUAUCCAGGAACUUAACACAGCACUCCGCCUCCACGCCAGAGACACACACCUUGCAGACAUCCUUGUACAGGUCAACGGUCGUAUCAAGGAGCGGGAGGGUUACGCCCCGGGCACCGCCCACCAUCGCUGCAAAGAGAUGUCAGAGUUCACCAGCUCAUUGUGCAAAGACCUCUACCUGUUCCCCAAGUACCAGCCCCAGUAUUAAUAUAUGCAAAUAUGAACAUACAGUGAUUAACACACACAGACCAUCAUUCCUUGCAUCAAAGCAUCUCAACAAGGGCACACAACUUUCAUUCAGCCAAUUAAUGCCACACACUCAGACAUUCCCCUGUUACAACUUUACAUCCAAACACAGGGUUUAUUCAUUCAUAUUUUCUGUGUAAAUACUGCCUCCACACACACACACACACACACACACACACACACACACAC